AUGACCCUCACAGCUCGGCAGCUCAAAAAGGCUGCGCGGAUCAUCCUCGUCGGCGCUCCGGGGGUGGGGAAGGGAACCCAGACCGAAAGAUUGCUCUCCAAAUUCCCUGAGCUUGCUUCAAUCAGCUCAGGCGAUUUGCUGCGCGAAAAUGUCCGAAACAAGACCCCGCUGGGUUUGGAAGCAGAAGCGACAAUCCAAGCAGGGAACCUUGUUCCUGACUCCAUGAUCCUCAACCUUAUCUCCUCCGAAUUCAACACCAGAGGCUGGCUCUCACAGCCAUCGAACCCAUCAAGGCCCCCAUCGAUUUCGCACUCGGCGUCCUUUAUUUUGGACGGUUUCCCUCGCACCGCUUCUCAGGCCACAAGCCUAGAUUCCCUCGUCCCCAUCAAUUUUGUCGUCCACUUAGUCACGCCACCCUCAAUAAUCCUCUCUCGCAUAGGGUCACGCUGGGUACACGAGCCUUCUGGGAGGGUAUACAAUACAGAUUUCAACGCUCCGAAAGUCCCGGGGAAGGAUGAUGUUACAGGGGAACCUUUGACGCAAAGAGAAGACGAUUCAAUUGAUACAUGGAAACAACGACUUCACAAAUUCGAAGAAACGAGUAAAGCACUACUUCAACACUAUCACCGUAAGGGCUGUUUAUGGCGUGUUGAAGGCAACUCAAGUGACGAGAUUACACCGAAGCUUCUUGCGGAGUUUGAGCGGAAAUUUUGUUAG